AUGACAUUACAGCGAACACAAAAAUUAUUUAAAUUACCUGAAACUACUCAUAUAAAAGGAUUUCGUGAAAUGAACGAUAGAGAUGUACCGCAGGCAUGGAAAUUACUCACUCAAUAUUUAAGAAAGUUUGAAUUAGCUCCUGUAUUUUCUGAACAUGAAUUUGAAUAUCUAUGUUCUAAUCGUUCCAAUAUUGUUAGCAGCUAUGUUGUUGAAAAUGAUGGUGAAGUAACUGAUUUUAUAUCGUAUUAUCAUUUAUCAUCGACCAUAAUGAAUCAUCCACAGUAUAAAACGUUGAAUGCUGGUUAUUUAUAUUACCAUGCUGCUUGUAAAACACCAUUGGUUGAUCUUGUUACCGAUUGUUUGGUAUCAGCACAUAACACUGGGUUUGAUGUAUUUAAUGCCUUAGAUUUAAUGGAUAAUAAGGAAUUUUUAGAAAAAUUAAAAUUUGGCGCUGGUGAUGGAAAUUUACAGUAUUAUAUUUAUAAUUGGAAAUGUCCACAAAUGGAUGCUGAAAAAGUUGCCUUACUUUUACAUUCACCAAUUGAGACAUAUGACAAUCGAUCAGAUGAUUUUUGUCAUUUAUCAGUUCGAUGUCCAGCAUUAUCAUCUUUAAGUCAAUAUGAUCGUGAUAGCAGAAAUCGAAGAUUCACUGUUGACACCUUUCUUGCAAUGCAUGGACCACCGGGACCUUCAGGAAUUCAAGGUCCUUCUGGUGAACCAGGACAAAGAGGUCCUGUUGGAUUACAAGGCGAACCGGGUCUAUCCAAAGAGUAUCCUCCACUUGUUGCAUUCAUUGCUUAUCUACAGAAAAUGUUAUCAAUUGAAACAAACAAGUCAGAAGUAAUUAUUUUUGAAAAAUUUGGUUUUAAUGAAGGAAAUGGGUAUAAUACAACUACUGGAACAUUUACAGCGCCUUAUACAGGAAUAUAUAAAUUUAGUAUAACGAUAAUGGCACAAAUGGAUUCAAUUGCUACCGUUCGAAUUGUUCAUAAUAAUUUAAAAAUUUUGGGUAUGAUUCGAUGUGAUUGUCGACGACGAUUUUCUCAUGUUCGUGGCAGUGUCUAUGUUAAUCUCGAGGAAAAUGAUACGAUUUUAAUCGAAGCAUUAGGAGAUUUAAGUGAUCCUGUUCAUUCAUCACCACGUAAUAAUAUUUAUGGUUAUACAUAUACACAUUUUAGUGGAUCACUGUUAUAUUUAACAAAGCCAACAGUCAAUUAUUUUUUAUGA